AUGAAGUUGUCACUCCUUGCCGUCAUCGUAGCCUCCGCCUCUGCCGCCCAGGGCGCCAUCACCUGGACGCUUCAGAAGGCCGCCAAUCCCACAUCCGACCAGAACGACGCAUACACCAAAAUUGAAGCUGCCAUGAAGCUGGCCGUCGCAAGACACGCAAAGCUGGGAAGUGCCAGCAAGACCAUUCGCGUCUAUUACACGCCCGGCGUUCCUACGGCUGAGGCCAGCUAUAAUGGUGACCUCCGUUUUGGAUCGAACCGAUCUUUCAUGAACGAGCGUACGGCGCUCCACGAGAUCGCUCACACACUCGGCGUUGGUCAAACUACCGCCUUCAACUCCAAAUGCUCAUCCGGCGACUGGGCUACGGCAUUGCCCCUACUCCGUUCCUGGGACGGCUCGGAUGCUAAGAUCAGCUGCGGUGGCGGGCAUUUCUGGCCGUAUGGCCUUAAUUACGACACCGAAUGGAGCGAAACAAAUGGUGACCGUCAUGUAAAGAUCAUCAACGCUAUGCUUGCUGAUGGCAUGUAA